UGUUUCCAAGUUUUUUCUUCUUUCUAGGUGCAAGGGACGAGGAAACACCAUCCGUUUCUCGCGGGCCGGCUGUUAAACAACCCCGUCAGAAACAAUCUUCGUGCGUGUUCACCCGUUUCUGUUGUGUGGUGUGCGAGUGAGAAUCGAACCCCGCUCGAGACGUAUACCAGUCUCCAAAGGGCAAGCAAUUAUCGAUUAACCGCAACACAUUACCUUCACCUACGGGGAAGGAGGGAGCCGGGAGUUCCCUCGCGGUGUCGUGUGUCGUGACCGUUUGGUCCUGGCGACAUCGACAGCGGCAGCGUUGGAGAGCCUCCUCUACCAUCGGUGCUACAGGCGCUGACCAGCUCGCAGCAGCAGCGCUUGGUUUAGAGGCGGAAAGGAUAUCCGCAGGACGGGCGGACGAUAGAGGCACUCGACGAUGGUGUCUGAGGCGGCGGCGGAUGGGGGUGGUUCGGCGGGCCAACCGAAAGCGGCGACGGCGGGAGGAGGAGGAGGAGGAGGAGAAGGGGAGCUGAUGGACUUUUCGUUCCCGCCGGGCCUCAUGCAAGAGGGCGAUAACACCGCAUCGGUCAAGGGGGCGGUGACGAAGAAGCUCGAGGAGCUCAUGGAGGAACCAUGCGACGAGGUGUUUCCGGAGUACAUCACCGUCAUGGUCAGCAACGGGAAAACUAUCAGGGAGAUCUGCUCCCAGCUUGAAGACCUCCUCACGGCAGGCACCGCCACCAAAUUUUGCAUAUGGCUGGGCGCAUAUCUUCGUGAGCUCGAGGCCAAGAACAAGAACGCUGCCGCUGCCGCGCCCAACAAAACGACAACUACGAAAGGAGAGGGGGAGGGGGGGAAGAAGCCCUCGAAGCAGCAAGCUAGCGGCGGCUGGGCGCAUAUCUUCGUGAGCUCGAGGCCAAGAACAAGAACGCUGCCGCUGCCGCGCCCAACAAAACGACAACUACGAAAGGAGAGGGGGAGGGGGGGAAGAAGCCCUCGAAGCAGCAAGCUAGCGGCGGUGGCAAGACGUCCUCUUCCUCCCGCGGCGGUGCUGGCAAGGCUGGCGGUAGCGGCGACGACGCGAAGAAGAGCGACAAGGGUGCCGGUUCCAAGGCAAAGGGCAAGAAGGAAAAGGAUAAGGGCAAAAGCAAGGACCACUCCCCCCCCAGAAGGCGGUCUCCGAGCAGGGACUCCUCGAGGGACGGAGGCAGGGGACGAGGCCGCUCCAGCGACCGUUCUAGCUACCGUUCUAGCUACCCUUCCAGCGACGUUUCGAGGGAUCGAUCCAGGGUCCGAUCUAGGGACCGAUCCAGGGACCGAUCCAGGGAUCGCGGUAGGGGAUGGAGCCGGGAAGCGCGGAGUCGGCCUAGAGCGAGGAGCGGAGACAGCAGGGACAGAGCCAGGCCGCUCCGGCAACACCAGCACCAGCACCAGCAGCGAUACUACGGCGGCGGGGCGAGGGACCGGAGCCGGGACCGAUCGCACGGAGGCGCUUACGGUAGAGACCGAGACUGGCCGCCGUCGUCGAUGUCGUCGUACAGCAGAAACGGGGGGGGGGCGGGCGGAGACCGCAGCCGGGCGCGGCGGGGACGGCGGUGGGCAAGGGAAGGAGGGGGGGGGCGCCGCGGUCGAUUCGGCGGCGUCUCCGGGGAAGAGCGGUAGCGACGGGAAGGAGGAGGCCAAGGCCACUACUGCUGCUAGUACCAAGGCAAUCGCGGUUCCCGGUAGCGUUAUCACCGUCGUCAGCGACUCCGCCAAAGGAAACGACACAGCACAGAAAGCCAACCUGCCGGACCUGCGGACGGUGAUCGAGCGGUCCCGCCGCCGCGGGAAGAUGAACCCCUCUCGGGGACAAGAGGAAGAAAAAGGGGAGGGAGAGGGGCCUGUGGUGGCGAGAGGGAGGAUGGCGGGGGCUCCGGGGGUCAUGCGAGGCUUUUCUCCUUCGGACGAGGCGGACAAUGGGACCAGCGAAGGGGGGGUAAAGCGGGUACUCGGGGAUGAUGAUUCCCAGCCGCAGCACAAGGCCUUCGCAGGAGGGCAACCGGGCGCGCGGCUGCUGUCGUCCGCCGUGAUGCAGAGCUUGCAGCCGGCGAGAGCCCCGGCGCCCAAGGCCACUUGGGGCGGUGGGUCCAAGAGGCGCAAAAGCUCCGCUGGUGGUGGUGCUGGCCCUGGUGACGGAGUCGAUGAUGGUGAUGACGCCGCCCCCGGGUACACGACAGCCACCGUCCACCACGCGAGAACCGACGGUGACGACGGCAAUGGCAACAGCGUCCACGACGACGGGGAUGCCGCCGCCGACUCCUACCGGGCGCCGGCAGAAGGCGCACGCCUCCGGGUCACCGCCCCGGAGUUCCGGCCGCGCACCGGCGGCGGAGGCGUUAGGGCGAGGCCAGCGGCGGCGGCGGCGGCGGCGGCGGCGGCGGCGGGGUUCACGGCCCCAUCAUGGUCAAACCAGCAGCAGUACACCCACGGAGGAGGGGACUCCGCUCGGCAACGGGGCAACGGGGACGAGGAGAAGAAGGAGGAGGAGGAGGAGGAGGAGGCCAUGCCCACAGCGGGUGGGCCCGGUAACAUCUGGGGACGCCUCGGGCCGCGUGCUGGGGAUGGCAAGGGCCACGGCGGUGAUGGCGGCCUUCGCCGGCACAACAGUAGCAGCAGCGGCGGCGGCGGCGGAAGCCAGGAGUGGUCGGAUUGGGCGCAGUCCAUGGGAGGGGUCCCGGUGACGGCGUCCCCCCCGUCCGUUCUUGCAGCCGCGCUUCGCGUCGCCGCCGGAGCCGCGACGGCCGCUGCUGCCACGGGCGCCGGCGGCGGGAUGACGGCAAGCCCUGGCGGCGGCUUCAAUAACAACGGCGGCGGCGGUCACUACGACAACGGUGACUACAAGAACGCGGUCGGCGGCGGUGGAGGCUAUUACGACAACGGCGACAACAAGGACGGUGGGAAGAGUGCGGUUGGAGGCGGCGGCGGCGGCGGCGGCGGCGGCGGUUAUUACGACAACGGUGGCUACAAGGGCGGUGAGAGGAGUGCUGUCGCCGGCGGCGGUGGUGGUGAUUACGUCAACGGUGGCUACAAGGGCGGUGACAGGAGUGCUGUCGCCGGCGGCGGCGGUGGUUAUUACGACAACGAUGACAACAAGGACGGUGGCAGGAGUACCGUCGGCGGCGGCAACCUGACAUGGAAGUCGCCGAGCCUCGACAACACCGCCGCUGCUGCUGGACGACAACAACAGCAACAGCUACAGCAAGGUGGCGGCGACGGCGGUGCCAGGGCAGGAGAAGGGUGGGCGGUACCUGGGGACGGCAGUGCCUGGGCAGGAGAAGGGUGGACAGGUGCCGCCGCCGCUGCGACCCCCGCUGCCGCCCCCGCCGCCGGCAGGGGUAGAGGUAUGGGUGGCCGUUUCGCCAGGAACCAGACGUGGGUUCGAGCGGGCCUGAGGGAGAACGGUAGAGGGGGGCGGGGGAGGGGAGAGGUAGCGUCGGCGAGCGUCGGCGCGUCGGCUGGACGAGGCGUUUUCGGGAGGGGAAGAGGGUGGGGAAGGGGUGGACGGGGGAGGGGUAGUGUCGCGGGCAGGAGCUUGGGUCGAGGGGGGGGCUGGCACUCUACGGGUAGCGUGGCGCCCGCGGCGGGGGGGAGGGGUAGAGGUUGGGGCGCCCCCGCCCCCGUGGGGCAGCAGGAGACGUGGAAUAAGGUCUGGGUCAGGAAGGACUUGCGGACGGCGGCAGGCAAUGACGGAGGGGGUGGUAGUCAGGCUCAGCAGGCGGGAGAUGUCUGAGUGGGGAAGCAGCGCAUUGUUUGCUUUUGGCUGUGUCACGGGAGGUGUCCCGGGCCUCUCUGCCCCAGUACUAUCUAGCUGCGGCUGCUGCUGCUUCUGCUGCUGCUGCUAGAAAGUGCGACCCAAGAGCGACUUGUUGUGUGCAUCCGUCCCUUCGAGGACAUCUGCAGGAGGGGUCCUGCGGACGAGAAUUAACGAACCCCCGCGCGACGAAGGUGGCGGACCGGCGAACGGGCCAAAGGUUUUACUUCUUCCGGUGGUCGUUGUUGCACGAUCGUAUGCGUUGUCUUUUGGAGGAGUUGGCUUGUGAUCACGGAAAGCGUCUGCGUGAGCUGGUGGACCUGUGCGGAUGUUGAGAAGGUGUAUGGAGCAGACACCGGGACGGGUUCUUUUAGUGCGAAUGCAAAGGAGUUCUUGGUUUGAUUGCUACUGGCCAAGCGCCCAGUGUAUUGACGAUCAUCCCCACAACGUUCCUCUCUCUUGAUUGGAAUACGGUCAGAGCUACGUGUAUGCACUGCGCUGUAUAUUCUUUGUCUACCAGAGCUAUCGUUGGCGGCUGUGGUGGGGGUGCAUGUGGUGCAUGUGCGUGGUUCUCUUUGGGGAGGGUACGCGUAUGUUGCCAUUAUUUUAGUAUCGACCGCGCUAGAUUCGGCUGACCAAGGAUAAGGCGUCAAUCUCAGUGCGGCUGAAAACAGAAAAUGCUUUCAAAGGCUACGAUCAUCAGGUGUGUGUGGGUGUGCACAUGUGAAAAUCUUUCGUUUUUACAACGAGUCUUUUUGGAAGUCGACGAGCUGAUUCGCGUUGCAAGGACCUGAAAUCAAGCGGCCGCUAGUUUACUUCCAAUUUUGUUGGGAACAGCUGAAAAAAACUGAUCAGUGCCAGCACAGAAAGGAGCGUAGAUUGAUCCCCAAGGACA